AUGCGUCUUUCGAAAGUUGCUACAUUGCUUUUCCUCGCCCGUUCGACUGCUCAGGCUCGAUCGUAUGUUAGUACCCUGCCACAAAAUGCUCAAGGACUCUUCAAUGAAUCUAUGGACUAUCUGGAUCGGGUAUACGACGACAAUGCUGGCUAUCUUUAUGAAAUGAGUGGAUCUGCUGCUUUGAGACACGAUGCUAGAAGUUCAGCAUGGUACGCCAUUGGACUUUUGGCAAGGAACCAAGGUUCGGAUGUAUCCGAAGCCGAGAAGAUAAUCUCCAAUGUUAUUGAUGGUCAAUUCAAGGACCCUGAAGCGCAGUGGUAUGGGGACUAUCAGAAAGAACCAGAGGAACCAGAAGUGGGAAACUCGUAUUAUGAGCCAAAUAUAUACAAUUCAUGGGAUCCAAACUGGCGUGGCUUCAUAGGAACAGCCUUUAUUGUUGGUCUUGAGGAGUUUGGUUCCCUAAUCUCGCCAAAUGUGACUAGUCUGAUGCUGGAAUCAUUGUACAAUUCGACCAUAGGUGACAGUUAUCGUGUCGGUGGAGUAGAUGGCGAUAAUUUGUAUCCUGCUUAUACCAAUCCUUCGAUAAUGAGAGCUUUUGUUUCCGGAUGGACCGGUCGUCGGUUCAACGACAGUAAUAUGACAACCGCCGGCGAGAAUUAUGCCCAACAAAUCGUUGACUUGUUUGAUCGAGCCAACACACUUUCGGAAUUCAACAGUGGCACUUACACUGGCGUAUCUUUGUUCGCUAUGAGUUUGUGGGCUAAGUACUUGCCAGAAGAUUCUGUGAUGAAACAAAGAGGUGCUUCGAUGAUUCAGUAUACUUGGGAAGCAGUAUCUAAUCUGUGGCAUCCUCAACUUCUGAAUGUUGCUGGCCCUUGGGAUCGUUCAUACGGUUUUGAUAUGACGAGAUAUUUGAGCCUUCUGGCACUCCACAUCUGGAACGCUGUAGGGAAGUCCAAGUCUUCAAUCAUCGACAAGCCUUAUAUUAUGUCACACAAUGCCGAUUUUGCUUACGGUCCAUUAUUCGCAAUAUUGUCCGAGUUCCACAAUAGCUUAAUACCAGCAAAUGUGACAGAUGCCCUUGUAAAUUUUAAAGGGGAGCACACAUUUACUUCUUCAACCUAUUCACCGCCAUUCGACUACUAUCCUCGCAAUAUUACAGCUUGGCUUGCAAACAACAUUAGCAUUGGCGCUGAAACAUUCAACGAAAAUGUUGUUGGUGGACCUGCCAAGAAUCAAGGCACCUUCAACCCCGCUCUUAUGCAAUGGAAUACUGGCAAUGGAAUUGGCUGGCUGACGCUCUAUGCAACAGAAAUGCAUGUGAUUGCCGAAGCUGGUAGUGGUUCGUUGAAUUUGACUUAUCCGGAAGGAAAUGAAACCUCAAUAUUUACCUUUUUGGUUUCACCAUUUGCCGCGAAGAGAACUAUUUCAAGCAUCGAAGAUAUACAGGAUGAGUUUGAAAGUGUCUGGUACAAUUGA